GAUGCGCUCUUAUCCUAUUUCCCUGCUGUUUUUUGUCUGAAAUACCGGUUGUGCACAAACCUUUACAAAUAAUGGAUCAGAUUAGUAACAUCCAGGUUGUUCCUUGCAGCAGCUCCAAUUACCUGAAACCGUUCAGGGUCCACUACAGCCAGAAUGGAACCAAGAAGUCCUGGGAUUUCAUGAGAACACACGACAGUGUCUCGGUCCUAAUCUUCAAUACCACUUCGCAUUGCUUUAUCCUGGUCAAGCAGUUUCGUCCAGCUGUAUACAUGUGUGAGUGGGAGAAACACACCCCUCAGAGUCCCGAAGACAAGGUAAAAGAAGGAGAGGAGAAGGAAGAGAGUGAGGAGAGCCAUGGGGACCCACCGACUGCAGCUGCUGGAGUCACUUAUGAGCUCUGUGCAGGAUUAGUAGACAAGCCAGAUCUCUCGCUGGAAGAAAUAGCCAGGCAGGAGAUCCUGGAAGAAUGCGGCUAUGACGUGCCAGUAUCGAAGCUCAGAAAAAUAACAUCCUACAGGUCUGGGGUCGGAGUCACUGGAUCCAAGCAGACCAUGUUCUAUGCCGAGGUUUCCGAUGAUAACUGUGUUGGGGAAGGUGGUGGUAAAUCCCAGGAAGGAGAGCUCAUCGAAGUGGUGAAGGUCCCUUUACCGGAAUCCAUGAACUUUGCAUUUGAUGAAAGCCUCCCCAAAACCAUGGGGGUCCUCUUCAGCUUUAUGUGGUUCCAUAGCAACAUGGCACCUAAGUACAAAAUUUCAACAAACGUGUAAAAGCUGCUGAAAGAGUGAAUAGUGAUGUGACUAGUAUUUUGGAAAUAAUAGUCUAGAUAUUCUUAGUGUUUUUAUAUAUGUUAUGUGUGACCCCCCCGCCCCCCCCACCACAACACUAAUAUACAAGGCGCUGCAUUGAAUGAAAAACUAUGAGAAAAAAAUACACAUUCCUGUACCUAUAAGACUGAUAUCAAUGAAAUAAUAAUAAUAAUAAUAAUAAUAAUAAUAAUAAUAAUAAUAAUAAAUAAAUAAAUAAAUAAAUAAAUAAAACAAGGGUUACCACAAGUAUAAUUUGUAGUAUUGUAUUUGCUUUCUGGAUGUUUUGCAACUUGAGAUCAGUCAGUAACUGGAAUGCUUGUUGUCUUUUUGUUUCUGCUUUAAUAAGCACGGUAAAAUCUUUUUAUUGGCAGCACGUGUGCUGCUGUCAGGUGUGACAUUGUUAGUGGGAGGGGUUCCUUUUACAGAUCCCUUCAAGCACUCACAGCCAACUCAGGUUCUGCUAUCUAGUAGAAAUUACUUGAAGCUUAGAGAUAAAAAAAAAAAAAAAAUCAGCACAUAGCAGCAUUCUCAAAUUAGCUAGCUUUAGAGCUUCACAGUUUAUAUAUUGAGACCAUGGCUUUUAAUGAUUGAAAGAGCUAAACGGUGCACUGCUAGAAACAAUCAACAUGAGAAAGACGCACCAAAAAAAAAAAUACAAGGGAUAGCGAAAGAUCGCACACGCAAAGGAGAAAGGAAACAAUAGCGCCUUGGGCUAUUGAAUCAGACUAUAUAGAAACGUUCCAGGCAGUUUCAGUACACCAGUAUAUACAAAUGAUUGGCCCGAGCCAUUUGGAUACCUGUCAUCCUGUUUAGUUGGGACAUAAAAGUCUGAAUAUGAUGGCUACGGAUCACUUGCUUGCAUGACCUUGUUUAUUAAAGUACCUUGCUUAUUUAUAAUAGGGAUAAGGUUACUCUGAGACUACUGCACACAACAUGAUACCUGUAGCCACUACGGGAAGCAAGAGCAACUUUAAGAGCACCUGCAUUAGAUCUUGACAUUGAUGUGUUAAUGUGACAUAGUUCCAUGAGUUUAACCCUUUAAAGAUCAGGCUUUAUUGACCUGUCGUCAACAUUGUGUCUUAAGGAAAAUCAUUCGCUAAGUCUUCUUCACCAAAUCUACACUACAAACUGCUGAAAAGAAGAUAAAUAAGGUUAAGAACAUCCAGCUAACACUACAAACAAACAUGAUUUUUCCAUUGCAGCAGCUGUAUUCUUAGUAAUAAGGGUCAAUAGGGUUUUGCUACAGUAUAUGAUGAUAUUUCUAAAAACAGUUUCUAUGGACUAAAACUAACAGCAUAGGUAGGUCAGCAAAAUAUUGUUAUUUUUCACUCACGGGUUACAGAGUAUAAGUUAAAGUUCACAGUACAAAGAUACUCUUAUACAGUCCAGUUUGUUUACAUGAUCACAUUAAUAUGUUCCUACAUACCGUAUCACCAAUUAAGAGAAAGUACAAAAGUCAAAGGCACAGAGGGGAAUAAAACUAGCAAGUACAAAUUAAGCUGGGGCAGUUAAUAUUAUUUGCCUUCACUUAAAAAUAGGGCCCUGUAUCUCCAUAAAAAGACAUAGUAAGUGUAUUGGAUUUAGGGGGGCAGAAACUAAGGGUAAAGUCCACCCUUCAAGCCAAACAGAUGGAUGUUUCACACCAAAUGUCAACCAAGGAGUUGCAGGUUCUUUCACAUAUGAAGGUCACACCAGCAAAGCUCCUUUUAUGCUAAAAAAAACAAAAAACAAAAGUGGAGUUGUUAAAAGUGGAGUUGUGGUAGUCAUGUGAUUUUUCCUUGGCUGUUGAGAGAGUAUGUUUGCAGUGUAAAGAGAAAAUCUGUACACUUAAAGGAAAUACGUCUAGUAAUUUAGGCAGAAAGGCCAGUCAGUUGGCUGUGUCAUGUUAUAUGUACCUGCAUAACUUGUUUUUAUAUUGAGGUUGUAUGCCAGUAUUGAA